GCAGCGGGCAGGUCUGCCAGGCAGCGCCCGUCAGUGGCCAGGCAAGGAUGGGCUCGGUGUGGGGCCUGGCUGUGGCUCUCCUUUUCUUCUGCUGGAAGGCUGGAGUCGCUGUGAGCUCUCCAGGCCUCAGCAUCAGCCGAUCAGCUCCUUUGGUGACAACAGACGACAAGGAAGUGCCUGCCUUUACUCAAACCGACAGGCCCAGCUCAGAGGGCGCUUUCCAGACCACUGACCUUACUCCUCUGUAUGCUCCUCUAGACACUCAAACUCUGAGCACUGGAGCUGCUUCUAACACCUUAAUUGCAACCAGUGCCAGGUCAGAAGGCAGUUCCAGGGACACCCAGACCACCUCUUUUGUAACAAAGACCAGGAAGACACACACCACCUCCCCUACAGCAUCACCCCUGGACACCCAGACCCCCUCCUCUACAGCAUCAUCCCUGGACACCCAGACCAGCUCCUGUACAGCAUCAUCCCUGGACACUCAGACCAGCUCCCCUACAGCAUUAUUCCUGGACACUCAGAGCCCCUCCCCUACAGCUUCAUCCCUGGACACCCAAACCCCCUCCUCUACUUCUUCAUCCCUGGAUACCCAGACCAGCUCCUGUACAGCAUCAUCCCUGGACACACAGACCACAUCCUCUACAGCAUCACCCCUGGGCACCCAGACCCCCUAUCCUACAGCUUCAUCCCUGGACACCCAAACCCUCUCCCUUACAGCAUUAUCCCUGGACACCCAGACCACCUCUCCUACAGCAUUAUUCCUGGACACCCAAACCAGCUCCCCUACAGCUUCAUCCCUGGACACCCAGACCCCCUCCCCUACAGCUUCAUCCCUGGACACCCAGACCCCCUCCCCUACUUCUUCAUCCCUGGACACCCAGACAAGCUCCCCUACUUCUUCAUCCCUGGACACCCAGACCAGCUCCCCUACUUCUUCAUCCCUGGACACUCAGACCAGCUCCCCUACUUCUUCAUCCCUGGACACCCAGACCCUCUCCCCUACAGCUUCAUCCCUGGACACUCAGACCCCCUCCUCUACAGAUUCAUCCCUGGACACCCAGACCCCCUCCCAGACAGUAUCACCCCUGGAAAUCCAGGCCCUUUUCCUUUCAACAUCGUCCCUUUCAGCAUCAAGCCAGACCACUUCUCUUGCUGCAUUAUCCAUGGAUAACCAAACCACUUUCCUUGCACCAUUGAUGAUAAAUGCUCAGACCACUUCACCUGUAGCAUCAACCUUAGAGACCCAAACCAAUUCCCCUACAGUGUUGUCUUUGGAUCCCCAGACCACUUCCUUUGCAUCAUUUUCCUUGGAUUCCCAGAGCACUUCCCCUGAACCAUCCUCCCUGGAUACCCAGACCAUUUCCCCUGUAUCCCUGGAUACCCAGACCACUUCUGUAUCCCUGGAUACCCAAACCACUUCCGCUGAAAUAUCGUUGCUGAAUACCCAGACCAUUUCCUCUGCACCAUCCUCCCUGGAUACUCAGACCACUUCUUCUGCAUCAUUAUCUGUAGAUACCCAGACCACUUCCUCUUCUCCAUCAGUCCUGGAGACCCAGACCACUUUCCCUACCACAAAGACCCCAGAGAACCAGACCAUCUCCAUUCUUGAAUUGACCCUAAAAUCCCAGACCGUUUCCUCUGUAACAGAGACCAGAACUCUUGAAAUAAGGAUACCUUCCAACUUCACGGCUGUGCACCCCACAGAGACUUUGGCAACAAGCAGAAGCCCAUCAGUCUGGAUGGGCACUGUCAAGACUGGCACAGUGAGUGAUCCCAUAGAAGCCAUCUUUAAUAGCCUCUGUACUGACGACAGCUCUGAAGAGGCAAGGAAGAUUGCAGUUGACUUCCUGACUUUGGCACACACCUCCACAGAAGCCCAGCACCUGUCUUCAGAAAGCAACUCCUCUUCCUCCUCCUCUUCCUCCUCCUCCUCCUCCUCUUUCUCCUCCUCCUCCUCCUCUUCCUCCUCAUCCGAGAGCUCAGCUGGAGUCCUCAGCAGCUCACGGGUCCUGGAACCCGACAUUACAACUCCAGCCCAGGACUUGGUUGCCUUCAGCAUCACCCACAUUAAGCUCACCACCUGCAUCACAGAAAUAGAAACGUCUGUCAUCGUGUCUGGAGGCCCAGACACAAGCCACAGCCCUACAGAAGUGACGGCCUCCUGGUCCUCUUCUGAGAUGUUGACUCUGCCUCAAUCCAUCGAGACGAAACCACGUCUCCCUGAAACCGUGAGCCCAUCUGGGACCCUGUCAACAGCCAGCACCUCAGCCCCUGCCACCGCCCUCGAGGGCACCCUCCCCACCAGUGGAAUCCCAGAAGGAGAAACAACGGUGGCCCAGACCCCUACCUCCAGGGAGAAUCCGGUGCCUGUUAGUAGGAACCCACCUACUAACACUUCAGCACUCUCAACGGACACACAAAACCACACUGAGGUCUCGGGAACAAUCACAGUCCCCAGGGUUGCUGGAUCAACAGUGGGAGAGGCCACCUCCUCCUCCAGUUCCUCAGCAGCAGCCACCACCGGGAGCACUGCUCCCUCAGACACUAUAACCACCGACAACAGCUCCUUCCUCACGGGUAGCCGCCCUGUUCCCUUUGUCUAUUCAACUACAGUUAGCACCAGCAAGAAACCAAACGUCACCUCAGCCAAGACCACAGCCUCACUGAAGACCCCGGUGAAGCCCCCAGCAUGGACACCCGCUGAGGCCUCGACAAAACGUGAGCCAGGUGAAGGCGGAGGCUUCCUCCUCGUACGGCUGAGCGUGGCCUCCGCUAAGGACCUCACAGAGCCCAAAGCCACAGAGAAGCUGAUGCAUCAGAUCCACCGUGAACUGCAAACCCACAUGCCACUUGUCCGAAUGUCCUUCCUGAGCGUCAGGAGAGGCUGAGGAAUGGUAGCUGCAACCAGGCAAGUCCUCUGUGCCAGGAGAGUAACGCCGCCUGUGGCCCCAGCCCCACCAAAGCCUUGGUGCUGCUCUAUGAACCCAGGAGGCUCCCUCGAAGGCCAGCUGGCUUGAGAGCCCUACCCUGUACCUUACUGCAAGAUGUUGGCCCGGUUACGCCUGAGUGUAUGUGCAAGGGGAGAGGGCUGGCCCGUUCCCAGGGAUGUCCUUCACCUCCUCUGACUGGCUGUUCUAUUUCAGUAAACAGAGACCUGAC